AUGGAUAACUUCACAAAUAUUUGUGAAGCCACAAGUCAAUCACAUGAUCUGGAUAACUACAAGCCAACACACAGAAAAGGAAAAAAGCUUUUGGCUGAGAAGAAGAGGAGAGCCCGAAUCAAUAACUGCCUACUGCAGAUCAGAAAUAUUGUAUGCGAGGGAGCAGAUGACAAGGACACAGAUCUCGAAAAGAUGGAGAAGGCGGAGAUCUUAGAGAAAACGCUGGAGGUAUUAACUCGACUACGGCACGAUUACAGAUCUCCGAGCAGCAGCAGUUCCUACUCAACACGGAAGGCUAUGGCAGUGAGGUAUGCCUCUGGAUUUAGUUCCUGUGCAGAAGAGUCAAUCAGAUAUAUUCAAAAUUCUCAUCUGGUUCCUACCGAGGUCAAAGUUCAACUUCAGACCCACUUGCGAGCGAUAGCACGGAGAAUGGAGGCGGGUUUGCAAGAUGAAAGUACAGAGGUUAAUUAUACCCAAAGUUACCCAACUUCACCGUCGUUAUCAUCCCCAUCCUCCUCCAUGAUGUCUGGGCGACUGACAACGGUCGUAGAGUCAAGAGAAGAAAUGUACAAAACAGACAUUAGUAGAAGUCAAAUAUCGGAAAUUGGAACCUACACUCCUUCACCGAUCCACUUCUCGACUCCAAUUUCUCAACCAUACGUGCCAGUGUCUAGCACAGUUACCAGGCCAAAUCAAGAAGAAUUCGUUUCCCCAACACCACAGACAUUUAUGAAAUCUGACUGUGGUCAGAAAGAAUCCAAACAGGCACAGUAUAUUUCAAGAGAAUUUUUUUCUCAAAUACCACAGACAUUUAUGAAAUCUGACUUUGGUCAGAAAGAAUCCAAACAGGCACAGUAUAUUUCAAGAGAAUUCAUUUCUCCAACACCACAGACAUUUAUGAAAUCUGAUUUUGGUCCGAAAGAAUCCAAACAGGCAGAGUAUAUUUCAAGAGAAUUUAUUUCUCAAACACCACAGACAUUUAGGAAAUCUGAUUUUGGUCAGAAAGAAUCCAAACAGGCACCGUAUAUUUCAAGUAACAUUGUUAAUUUCAAAUCACACGACAUUUGCCUCAAUGAAGAAGUACAUUCCUCGUACACAGUACCAACGUACGGCCAUCCAGAAGUGUCAUCCACAGGAAGUGAGACGGACAACCAUUACAGCACCAAUUUAUUAUCACCCAACUCAUCCUACUCUUUUUCCAACCCAUCCAUGAAUGAAACAGAACUCUCCGGAAAUGCCCCAAUAAUUUUAUACCCUGCCCCUGUUCUCCAAAGUACAUCCCUCCUCUCCGACCAACCAGUUUUCAGUUACGUCUACGAGUCGUAUCCAUCUUGUAGCAUGCCUAGUAUUCUAGUUCAGCCCGUGACGUACAUGUCGACUCCGGUACGGCAAACAACUGACGCACACAAGCAGCCGAGCACGCCCAACAAUGCUCUCGAUCUUUGUGUCAAGAGAAGCCAGGUACACCAGAUUUCUCCAGAGACAAUGUGGCGGCCCUGGUAG